GUCUCCAGAGACUGACCCAUGGCUCAGGCUGCCCAGGUGCAGCUGUGACCUCCAGGGUUCAGAGGCCGGUUGACUACGAAGCCCAGUUAUCCGUCCAGCCACACGUCCGCGCUCCGAACUGGUCGCCUGACCCCCCGCCACGCCGAUCUUCCAACCUCCUCACUCCGGACCACCCUCAGUCCACUAACGAGGCUGUCCCUGUUUCUGCCCCAACAGCUUCCAAGUGCCAGAUGAUGGAGGAGCGUGCCAACUUGAUGCACAUGAUGAAACUCAGCGUCAAAGUCUUGCUUCAAUCAGCCCUGAGCCUGGGCCGCAGCCUGGAUGCGGACCAUGCCCCCUUGCAGCAGUUCUUCGUGGUGAUGGAGCAUUGCCUCAAACACGGGCUGAAAGUUAAGAAGAGUUUCAUUGGCCAAAAUAAAUCUUUCUUUGGUCCUUUGGAGCUGGUGGAGAAACUUUGUCCAGAAGCAUCAGAUAUAGCCACUAGUGUCAGAAAUCUGCCAGAAUUAAAGACGGCUGUGGGAAGAGGCAGAGCCUGGCUGUAUCUUGCACUCAUGCAGAAGAAACUGGCAGAUUAUCUGAAGGUGCUCAUAGACAAUAAACAUCUCUUAAGUGAGUUCUAUGAGCCCGAGGCGUUAAUGAUGGAGGAAGAAGGGACAGUGAUUGUUGGUCUGCUGGUGGGACUCAAUGUUCUUGAUGCCAAUCUCUGCUUAAAAGGAGAAGACUUGGAUUCUCAGGUUGGAGUGAUUGAUUUUUCCCUCUACUUUAAGGAUGUGCAGGAGCUUGAUAGUGGCAAAGAGCACGAAAGAAUUACUGAUGUCCUUGAUCAAAAAAAUUACGUGGAAGAACUUAACCGGCACUUAAGCUGCACAGUUGGGGAUCUUCAGAGCAAGAUAGAUGGCUUGGAAAAGACGAAUUCAAAACUUCAUGAAGAGCUUUCAGCUGCAACAGACCGGAUUUGUUCGCUUCAAGAAGAGCAGCAACAAUUAAGAGAACAAAACGAGUUAAUUCGCGAAAGAAGCGAGAAGAGCGUGGAGAUAACAAAACAAGACACAAAAGUUGAGCUGGAGACUUACAAGCAAACUCGGCAAGGUCUGGAUGAAAUGUAUAGUGAUGUGUGGAAGCAGCUAAAAGAAGAGAAGAAAAUCCGUUUGGAACUAGAAAGAGAACUGGAGUUACAGAUUGGAAUGAAGACAGAAAUGGAAAUUGCCAUGAAGCUGCUAGAAAAGGACACCCACGAGAAGCAGGACACCUUGGUCGCCCUCCGCCAGCAGCUGGAAGAAGUCAAAGCGAUUAAUUUACAGAUGUUCCACAAAGUUCAGAAUGCGGAGAGCUGUUUACAGCAGAAGAAUGAAGCCAUCACAUCUUUUGAAGAAAAGAACAACCAAGUUAUGUCUAGCAUGAAACAGAUGGAAGAAAGGUUGCAGCUGUCGGAGAGGGCGCGGCAGGGGGCGGAGGAGCGCAGUCGCAAGCUGCAGCAGGAGCUGGGCGUCCGGACAUGCGCGCUGCAGCAGCAGCUCUCACAGCUGCAUGAGCAGUGGAAGUGGAAAGCGUGUUCUGGAACAACUCCUGUGUGGGGCUGCUCUCUCCUCAGCCCUGUCUCCCUCCUGAAGCCAGACAGUGGCUGUGGGCUUGCUGAGUUUGAGAGCCUCGCAGGGCUAUACAUCAUCUUCAUCUUUUUUUUUCUUUUUUUAAGGUCAAAGCUCAAGAUGGAAGACAUCAAAGAAGUAAACAAGGCACUGAAGGGCCAUACGUGGCUGAAGGAUGAUGAAGCAACGCACUGUAAGCAGUGUGAAAAGGAGUUCUCCAUCUCCCGGAGAAAGCACCACUGCCGCCACUGCGGCCACAUCUUCUGCAACACGUGCUCCAGCAACGAGCUGGCCCUGCCGUCCUACCCCAGGCCAGUGCGCGUGUGCGACAGCUGCCACACGCUGCUCCUGCAGCGCUGCUCCUCCUCCACGGGUGACUGACCGGCGCUCGGACACAGCCUGCCCGCCGGGGAGGCCCACCCCCCCAGGGUGUCUGCGGUGGACCUGUCCGGAUCGAAACUCCUCCUCCUCCCUUGGCUACUGGCUUUGGCUCAGAUGUAAUUUCAUGAUUUUGCUACUGUCAUUUUUCACUUUUCACAAAAUGACGCGGUUUUACAGCAGUUGUACCAGUGUAGUGAGCUCCCAGUUCCUCUCCCCCUGCACUGUGCCUUCCCUGCUUCCGUCGAGAGAUUGGCUACGUCACACCCUGUCAAUGUCUCUAGACCUGCAAUAAAAUCCUUUAUUUUUCA